AUGGCGGCCAGAAAAGCGACACUCGUGCUAAAUUGCCUGAAAUAUUCGAGGCAAAGUAGCAAUCCGCAUGGAGUGAUUUUCAGAAGUUUGAGCAUUUCAAAAGCUAAAACUUCCAGGCCCUCCUUAAGGUAAUAUUUGGUCUAUUUCUGAUGAUUUUAGCCGUUUGGGUUUCGCUUGAAGUUCUUGGCCUGGUUGUUGAAAGCUCGGGUGACAACCCAAAGGUUGAAAAGCAAUUCAGUUGAAUUCUUUUUGUGUACGAUAUGAUGAUUGGAUGAUCCAAAAAUUAUCCGAGAAAAUACCUUCGAACAAAAGGAAAAGAAACCCGGAUUAAAGUUUAACCUCGAAAACCUGGGCCCUUAACUUUAGUUAUAACACUAAGCAGACGAGAAUGUAAAAUCAACAUACGUGAAAGCUUACUGAAUAAAUUAUUGCCCGAAAAAAAAUUGCCCGGGAAUUAAUAAUAGGGCAUUUUAAUUUAGAAGCUUUCUACAAAACAUGUAGCCUUAUUUAUAGAAGAAAAAUUUACAUUUUUGCUCCUCUGAUCCAUCAGUGGAGAGUGCAGUCAUAUAUUUUUAUCUGUAUCUUUAUGUUAAAAAAAUGAAAUCUAAGGUAAAGAUUAUACAGUUGAACCUCUCCACAACAGCCACCUUUGGGGCAGAAGAAAGUGGCCAUUGUAAAGAGGUGGCCAUUGUAGAUAGGUUUUGAACAAGAGUCCAUGUAUGGAUUUUAUGUCUGCUGGGACAAAAAAGUGGCCUUUGUAGAGAGGUGGCUGUUUGCAGAGGUUCAACUUUAUCUCCAAGAACGUUCAAAAGGCAUCUUCUCCAUGGUGCAAAGAAAGUCAUUUUUACAGCUUGCCAUUCGGGAAAGCUGAAGCUACCAUUUACUAGCCCAAACAUCAUUUCAACUAGCCCCCAACAUUUUUUGAUGAGCAGGAUUGAUUUCAUAGUUCUUCUGUCAGUUAAAUUCCUCAAUAUACUUCACUUGCCCGUUGGGCAAGUUAAGAACAGAAUUCACUAGCCGGAUAGCAAAAUCCACUAGCCCCUGGCAAUCGGACACUACUUUCUUUGCACGCUGCUUCUCACAGGAUAUCUACUCCCUUGCAGCAUUGACAAAACCUAGAUCAAAUCAACCCACUGUGACUUUCAGGAGUUGAUGCAAUCCUGGAAUUUUUGAUGCCUUACUCUCAUGUAUUGUCCCUAGGAUUGCCUUAGCAUUGAUAGCUGGGCUAGUACACUGCCUCUCACCUUGACAUUUCUGUUAGUAGAGUGAAGAGUCAAUUCAUGGUCCUACAGUCAGUACAUGUAUUUGGAUUAUAUCUUGGCUUGAUUCAAGUGAUAGGGAGAAUUGCUUCAUUAAUACAGUACUUUGCCCCUUGUGUUCCCAAAUCUUGUAGGUAGUUGUACCUUUUUUUUUUGACAUUAUAAGCAUCUUUCUUAUGUACAUGAUAUAAAGAUUUGGGAUCAAUUGCUAUUUGCUUCUAUUGCUGUUUUUUUAAAUGUUUUUUUUUCUUGUCUAUCAAUCAUUUCUCCAGAUGACUUGAAUCAAGCUACAUGUAAGAGGGACUAUCACAGAAUAAGUGAACGUUUGAGAUCACUUGUCGCAUGUGACAUCACAAUGCCUUGAACAGUUCGGAUGGGUUGCCUAUAAUUUAAGUUUACAAGUUGAUGGUUCUCAACCCUGCCUUAUUUUGAGGUUUUGUUUUUCUAGUUUUCCACAAUAACUUACUUUUCACUAAAAUUUCUAAACUUUGAUUAAAGGAGUGUGUGGAGUGAGGUCACUUGGGCCAUUUUGUUCCAGGUCUCCAUUUUUCAAACAUGGUUUCCCUAAUGAAUAAGCAACCUCAAGCUCUUUUAAAGGAGUGCUGUUUGCUCCAGCCAUAAAUUUUCAAGCCAAACAGUAAAACAAAAAACACGUCAUGUAAUGGGAAAAAUCAGGCUUCUGUACAUUUUCUUUGUCUUGUUCUUCUUCUUGUUCUUCUCCUUCUUCUGCAGUUUUUUGUUAACUUUCUUUCCUGUUUGUUGUAAUUUUGAAUUAUUUUUUUUAUUUGUUGUUAUUAUAAUAUCAAUUAAUUUGGUGAUAUUUUAUUUCUUUGAAAGCAGAACACAAAGUUGUCCUAUGAUUGCAAGAAAUAUGUGUUCAUCACUUGCUUCACUGUGAGUAUUAUCUUGUUAUUAACAGUAACAGCUGAGUAUCUCAAUAUCAAAAGCAGCAGAUUUUGCCCCAAAAUCCAAAUUAUUCAGUCCUAUGUUGAUCUAGACACUUAAACAUCAAAAAAUAAAUAGGUAAUUAGAAAUAAUCAUGGCACUGAUAUGUCCUGCAUUUUGAUUAGUAAUUCUUCCACCUUAGCCUUGCUUAGAAUAUAUUAUUACAGGAUAUUACAUGGUGGCGCAAAGCGAUAUGAAUUUUAUUUUCAAGUGGCAAAACAAUAUUUUACGAAUGAGCACAGCUAGUGAGUAAAAUAUUGUUUUUGCAACGAGAAAAUAAAAUUCAUAUCUUCAAGCCGCCGUGUAAUGUUCUUUUUAUUAUAUAGACAAAAAGACAUCAAUAAAAUAAUAGAUUUUUAUUUGCCAAAAAGUAAUUGUGACAGCUCAGAUUUACAGUACAGCAAUAUAAGUCAUUGGUUACAAUAAUCUUGAGAAAUAACUCUGAGCUGAAAAGGGCUCUACAAUGACAAAAUAUAAGCAAAACUUUGAAAAAUGUGUAAGUAAAAUUCAAAAGACGCAAGGCGCCUACAAAUUUUGAAGGAAAAUUACUGAAAUUACGUUAUCGAUAAACUCACGUGUGAGAUAAUGGAAAAUAAACCACUCGGGUCCCGGAUGUAGUUUUUAUGAAUUUUACGAAUGGUAUAUUUUCCAGUAAAACACUCGUGUCUAUAAAAUAAAAAGGAAUAAAUCAUUAUUCAAUUAUCAACACCAUUUAUACAGGGUCCAUAAUGGUAAAUAAAUUAAAGAAUAUGAGGAUGCUGUUGUGACUGAAGUCAGUCAUUAAUUUUGCAAGGCCAUAUACAGUAAUCAAUGUUUUUGUAUGUCAGCAACAAAAUAAAACAAGCUCUGAGCAAUGUUUGAGUAAAUUGAAGUAAGCUUACCUUCAUACAGAGAUUUGUUCAAGAUCGUGACUUAGGUCCCAAAGUCAGGUUGGCAUGUCAACCACAAGGAAACAAGCUCUGGGUAAUGUGUUCAGACCAAAUAAAAUUAUUAUUGUAUUGCCAAGUUUAUCCCUAAAAUCUCCAGGCUUCUUUGAAAGAAGGAAAAAUAUGCCUGCUUUAUUGUACCAGUAUUUACAUGUACAGUUUACCCGUAAACAUGUGGAUGCAGGCUCGUUAUGACUCCAGCUCUUUUUUUUUAGUCAGGCGUUAUUCAGAAAUUCACCUUUAGAGCAUUUAGAUUUCAAGCACUCGGUGAAUUCCUGAUUUUCCUGCAAACAUUUUUUUUCAGUUGCCGUGCCAUAUUCAUGCAGUAAGAGUCACUCCUGGUCUUCUGCUUUGACAUUUUGAAAUUCAAACUAUUUGAGUUUCAGUCACCAAAAAAGAUAGAAGAUAAUCAAUUACAGUAACAAGAACUUGAAACAGUGACUCGUAGUUCAUACCUACAUGUAUAUAGUGCUUGGGUGAUAAUUAUGUCGGAACUAUUUUUUUUUUUGUACAAUAAAGGUCAUAAAAUUACUUAAAGUCAUGUGAAACUAUAUCAUGAUAUCAGAUGCUCAAGAGGUGAAUUUUCUUAAUUUUUUAUAAGUUCUUGAAUGUUGUUCACCAUUCUUUUUCAGAAACAUUUCAGACAAAGAUGAAGAACUAGAAAUUCCAAGAGCUGCUGACUCUCAUUUAACACCAUCAAUAUUUGACAAUGAACUAGUAAAGUAAGUAACACUAUUAAGAAUAAAAAGGUUCAGUAGCCUUCUUGCCAAUUUUGUUUUUCCAAUAACCAUGUAUUAGAACAAUGGCCAGAAACAAUGUCCCUAUAUCACUGUUGUGGUCACUUCAGAGGCCAUAAACCAAGUACAUGUAAUAUGAUAAUGUUAUUUCAUUUUAUUUAUUUGCUUAUUUACUUAUUGUAAUUUUCGUGUUUGUUUAAUGAUGUUGAUUUUUAUAGGUUUGAACUUUGCCCACCCCUACAUUGUUACAUAAUCAAAGAAUGUCCAUCAAUUCUUUAGAACCACAAACGUUUGGUUUCUGUUAAUAGUAUUACCAGAAAUUCAUGUCUUGCAAAACCCGUGAAUCUCGGAAAAUUCGGUAAAUUGGUCAACAUUUAAACAUAAAAUUCAUUGUUCAUUUCUGAUUCACACUCAGCAAAUUUGUGAACUGCAUGAUGUGGGAUGGCAAAAAGUCUUUGUCACAAAAAAUAUUGAAGAUGGUAAGUGGACAAUUAAAAUUUUAAAAACGUACGAUUAAUCAUCUUCAGAGUUUGACUCUGAAGAUGACUACCGCACAGGUUGUCGAAAUGUCAGUCACUGUCAACAACAACAGUCCUAUUCAGGACUACGUUCACCCGGACGAUCAAACUCAACCUUUUGAAAUGACUCCUGGGUUCAAACCUUUCACAGCUGUACGAUUAAUAUCAAUCAUUUGUGAGAGAACUUUACAACUGCAUUUCUUACACUUACAUGUCAUCCAUGUACAGUCAACUACAGGUAUCUCUAAUAGGGAUACCUUUGGGACCAGCCCCGACUGUCUGUUUUAAAGUGGUGUCCAGUUUAUAGAGUCAAGUUAUCAUGACACCGGUAAAUUUUAAAGCUGAACCUAGCUAUUCACAAUGAAUACACAUCUGUUUAACUUGUGCAAAACCGCUAAAACUGAAACAGUGUUACAGAAAAGUGGAAUUAUUUUCUCAUUGUGCAAUCAAAAUUAAUGUUCAUUGCAACCAAAAGUUCAAGGCUUUGCAUUCUUAAAGAAGAGUAGCAGUAUACACUCUAUGAACUGGAGCACAACCACAAAAUAUCAAACACUUUGCAAUUUACUGUCAUGCAGAGCACCUACCAUGUUCAUUUCCGUUUUGAGGUAUUUUUCACUGCAUAAUUAACUUCUCAAGUGUCCAUUAACGGUUUCAAAAGUGUUCAUUGUCAGUGUUAGAGAGGUGCCCAUCUUUUAUAGGGUAUAGUAACAGUAAAAUGAGUGAAAAAUGGCAGGGACCAACACAAGGUGUCGGUCUUAUAGAGGUGUCCAUUAAUAAGAGAGAAUUGACUGUAGCUCUGUAUCCUUGGCUUAAAUGUUAUUAAUUCCCUUGUUUCAAACUCAUUAUCAUGCAUUGUCAUACCCAAAGCCCAAAUACUGAAGGUUUUAUCCAAGGAUAAAAUUGAAACAUAACAUGUAAAACUUAAAAUAGUUACACAGCUUGAUGUAUAUAUUAUGUUACAGGUUAAAAUGAAAUUCAGGUUAAAAUUUUUUAACCUAGGAAAUUGAGAAUCCACCUAGGUUAAAAAAAUUUAACCUGAAUUUAAUUUUGACCUGCAAUAUAUAUAUACACAAGUGAACCUCAAAGUGCCUCUACAUGUGUACCUCUUUUUGUGCCAGAGAGGAAGUAAAGACCACUAAAUGCCUUGCAAGUGUAUCUACACUGUAUUGUACGAGUACGGUACAUGUGUAAACAUCUUGACAAAGUGGCCAGUUUAUAGAGGUGAAGGCAAUAUAAAAUAACUAGCUGGGACCUUAGAAAAGGUGAACACGACUGCUUAACAGAGGUAACUGCUGAAAACAGGUCAGUUUACCAGUAGUUAAGGGAAAUGAUUUCCCAGACUUUGGUAUGUGACUACUCAAUAAAGGGGGACAGCCUAAUACAGGUUUGCUUAAUACAAGUUCGACCGUACAUUUUGCAUAUUUAUUUACCAGCACUCACGUUAACAACAGUGCAUGACUCUAUAAAGAAUUUCAGUGCUUGACGCCUAGGUAAUUUUCAAACGUAAUAAUAAUUAUUUUUUUGGUUCAUUUACCUUUUUGCUUUUACCGGUUAAAAUAAUGAUAUUUAGUACAUGUACAUUCUUGUGGAGUUAAUGUGCUGUCAUUAUCGUUUCAUCACAGGCUCUGGAGGAUAUCAAGACAGAGCAACUACAAAAGUAAGGUUAAUUUCAGAUCCUUCAAGGAAUAAUUAAUUACUGUCACCUCAUUUUUGCUGUUAGUGUCAGAUUGGUAUGAUUGGGAGCAUGUCCUUACAGCAAUGAAUCUGUAGAACUAAAGACACCUUACAGGCUUUUCCCUCUCUCUCCUCUUGCUUGUACUGUGUAAGUGCUUACAUGCAAUAAUGUUCAUUUAAUGUAGUUUCAGUGGGAGUAACAGCUGAUUCCUUGAAUCAUGUUUUGAUGUACAUAAUUAUAACUGCAAGGCUGUGUGGCUGUGUUCUUGGGCAGCAGUGUUUUAAUAACAACUCAGAUUGGAUGAUGUGAUAUCUGGAAUACCUUGAUUAUUCUGGACGUCACAAAAUUUGAACCUUAUCGUCAUUGUUUUACACAAUGUUUUACACAGGUGUUUUACACAAAUAACAAGAAACACACUGUCGCAGAACACAGUAUUAAAUUGCUCUUGGAAAUCAUGCAUUGCAUUUGCAACCUACAGAUUUAAGUAAGCAAGCAGUUAACUAGCUAAUCUUCACUUUAGGCUGAUUUUCACAAUUACCUUUAGGCUCUUAUCCAAUGAGAAGACAGAUAACACAAUGUAUAAUAGAGUACUAUUAGUGUCUUCCUCUAAAUAACUGUUCUUAUUUUACAGACAAAGGGAAUCAACAAACCCCGACUCUAUACAGACAGAUCCACUGCAAAUUUUUCUUGAAGCAGUGGAAAACUGUAAGCCUAUCGUUGGGGUCAGAGGAAUGAAUAGAGGAGGCAAGGUCUAUCAGGUAAUAAAUUAUAGCACAGUCUGGGUUUUACUAAAAAAAAAAAAAAAAAAAGAAAAGAAAAGAAAAGGAAAAAAAGCACUUUAUUUUAGUGUUAAGGUAGUUUAAUUGGGACACUAUUUUACGUCUCCAAAAAGCUAUUUUGCAUUUUACGGGUCAUCCGAGCCACGCGAAGGUCUAGCCGCUUGCAGUACAAAUAGAGUAUCUUCAUUUCUCAGUUAUUUUAAGACCAUGGGUAUUGGUCGGGCCUCGGGAAUCGAACCCACGACCUUCCCUCUCUGCAGUUAAGCGACUGCAGCUCGACUGAGCUAAUCCUGCCACGGUUAGGGAAGUAACUGUACAUGUACUUGGAACUAACAUGUAAGUGAUCAGUGGCUGAAUGGCACUUACAUCUGUAGCUGAUGACGUGCCAAUGGAUCUCUACACGGUGUUUUCCAACUUUUUAUCAAGGACCUGUUAGGGAAAAUCCUUCAAGACCGCCGCUGGAAAAAACGCCUUUAAAUGUCCAAGUUUGAAAGUGAUUUAUGUAAAAUUUUGUGACUAUGAACACUAUAUGAGGGUACAAACUUGUCCCGACCACACAAACGUCUGUGAAUUUUCGCAAUUUGCAGAACUAUUUCUCCGCUUCCUUGAGCUGUAUUACUUUCAAACUUAGCAAGUUUACUAAUUUUGUGGCGCUCUUUCCAGCAGUGUAGACGGAUUUUGCUAACUGAUCCUUAUCAACUCGAGAAAAUCCAUGGAAGAGUCUAUUGAAAACGGGUAAACCGCCCCCCCCCCCAAAAAAAGGCUAAUAAAGGUUCAAAAAUUACAUUUAAUGCUUUGCAUUUUGUUGCUUUCUUCAUUUCCGAACACCGUAAUGGAGUCAUGCAAGCUAUUCUGACGUUUCGCUCUGUCAAUAAAGUGAUGAUGUCUAAUUGUGUCUUUUUGAAUAUGCUUUUCCUGUUCAGGAAAGCAGCGGAAGUACGUCUGUUUGUCUUCUUUUAGUUUAAGGACCGAGAUUCAAAAUAUUACCUUUAUCCUCAGGGGCGCAACUUUCCAGAUUUGGGAAGCAAUCAUGUUAACAAUUUAAUUUAAUUUUUUUGUGUUUUUGGACAAAUUUAGCUGGUUAGCACAAUCUCAUAGUACUUGGAAAGUAACAGUCACAAAAUUAGGAGUCGCUCCAAUUCUAAAACGGAUCGUGGCGAUUCCAUUUGAGUCAAACUAUCUCUUGGAGGCCUGUAGUCAGUAAAGUUUCGCAUUGUUUCUUGUCUAACUUUCAGGUGCCCAUUCCUCUUCCUCCUCAACGCCGCCGUUUUCUAGCAAUCAAAUGGCUGAUCACCGCUGCUCGGGAACAGCAGAAAACAAAUAAGAACGCAAGAAUGUACAAGAAACUGGCUAAAGAACUUCUCAAUGCUUACAACAAUGAGGUAACAAGUGAUCCUGAUACACCAUGCACUUGUCACUUUAAUAGUACGGUACUGAUUUUGGACAGAAUUUUGUGUUUAAUUGACCAAAAUGGAUCGAAGCGCGCAUCUCAUUCGCGGUUAAGGAAAAGAACAGCUGCCUUCAAAGUAAAGUCAAACUCCGUUAAUACGGACAAUAAGGGGGCCAUAGAAAGUAUCAUCAUCAGCACUUUUAUUUAUUCAAGAUAAAAACAUCAGGCUAAUUUUCAAUAUCCGAAAAUGUUGCAAACUACUGAAUUAACAGUAAUAGCACUUACAAAAUGAGUGUCCGUAUUAAGCGGGCGUCCAUAAAGUGGGCUUCGACUGUACUAUCGACUGCCUGGUUAGCCUACCACGCCUGUGUGGGAGGCUACCGCCUGGUCGUCCAAAGUGGUAACAGCAUGGGAAGGAAGCCACCAAAAUACGUGGACAUAGAGUUAUGGCACAUUCAAAGAUGGUAUUCGAAUUAUCUUCAUUAUGCCUGAAAUGACUUUUGUGUUCUUUAUGUCAGUGUCCCUAUAGCCUGGAUUUCAGAAGCAAAUCAAGCGUAACGCCAUAUGCAAACAGAAGCGCUAGCCAAUGGCUCCGUCCAUUCAAGCCAAGAUAUUUUUGAAGCGGCACAUUUUAUUUUUGUUCACGAAUCGGCCUUCCGUCCACGCGAAACCAGUGAAUCUGCUUACCGAAACUGCAUCUUUUUUAAACCACUUUGCGGAGUGGUUUUCCUCCUCCACACGAAUCCCAAGUGUCCCCUGUCGUGUGGACGGGGAAUUUGGGGCCAACCUUCGUCUAAACACCGAAUUUAUGUCUAGACCAUUUAUCCGUCUCAGACUUUAGUAGAAAUUCUGCCAAUAGGGAGCUUUGGCACCGACGACGGCGAAAGCAACGGCAACGAUAUCCAAAACAAUAACUUUGCAAGUGGGUCACGCUUUCUUUACAUUUGUUUGCCGUUACUGUACGACUACAAUUUGAAACUUCCUUCAUUUCACGUUUUGUGCAGGACUUGAACACAAGAUCACGACUUUUUUUGCCUGAACUUUGAGAGCCCUUCAGAAUUCAACUCCCGAAGAAAUUGCCAACAUUUGAUGUAUUUAAGGAGAUGGAAUAAGCGCGAUAAAGUUUGAAACAGCGCUAAUUCACUUUUAAGGGUCGUUUUGGUAGCCGUGGUCUUCCCUACUACUUGUAUCCCAUCCAAGUCAGUUUAAAGAAUUUGUUUUGUUUUGUUUUGUUUUUGUUUUGUUUUUUUUUUUUUUUUUUUCAUUCGUUGCAAGUACGUGACUUAGCUCAAAAAUUCCUCGUCUUACACGCGAUACUUUUGUUAUAUCAAUAGGGUACCGUGAUAAAAAAGAAACGUGAACUACAUAGGCGUGCAGAAGACAACAGAGCGUAUGCACACUAUCGAUGGUGGUAGCACCUUUGAGAUGGCCGAGGAUCAGUUUGUACGAUGCAUACAGUGUAUGCCAGUUAAAGGAAAAGGCACUGUGCAACUCUUUUCACCGCCACGAUGAAAGUCCAGAUAAAGGGAAAAUUCAAUGCUAAACGUCCCAUUCAACGUUCUGCAAUGAAACUGCAAGACACAUAACCUGCGUUGCAGUAGCCUGCGAGCAAGCUCCCCUGGGCCCUCUUUUCUCCCCCACCCUAGUAACCCCGGUAGAGCCUGACAGACGUAAUCUAGCCCCGGUUAGCAACGCCUCCGAAUUAGCGCCUAUAUCCUUGUACCGGGCCCCCAACGGACCCAGUGAAUUACCGCAAAAAAUUUCGAAUUUCUUGUCAACCUGAUUGAAAAGUCGACAAUGGCUUUUUUAACAGGCCAAUCGUGGCGUAUACUCAAAUCCUACUCUACAAGAAUUUCGGUGCUGUUGCGCAUAAGUGGAAGUUUAGUUCCGUCCGUGGCUGAUUGUACAAGACACAUUGUCUGCUGUUCAUAUAGCCUGGGACCAGGCACUGCAAAUGUACAUAAAUCCUUAUUUGAAAUAAAAUGAAGACAAAAGCACAAUUUUCUU